UCUCAUACUCACACUCCAGUCUCGUGGGGGGCGGAAAUGGGCGCCUUUGAGAUGAGAUGAGAUGCAGACCGCCAUGAAACCCGACAGAAGAAGAAGAACUUCGUGUCGCUCGCCGGUGACGUCACCACGCGCGCCUCGGCUCUCUUCUGAGGUGAGAAGCAGUUGACGGUAAACACACUUCAUACAGUUACAGAGUUCGCUCGUUACAGCCGUUCUUCACCGGGUCGUUCGUGUGGUGCACUGCUAAAUGUGUGCGCGUGCGUCUGCUGACCGGAAUAAUCGUGUAGCAGCGAUGUGAGGAACACUGUUACAUUCAGUCAGACUUCUGAGAUGUGUUCGUGUGUGUGUGUCUCUUGAUCGAAAGAGUGAUCUGUGAGGAGAAGUAAUGCUGUCUAAGUGCCGUUUAUGCGCGACAUGUGAGUUCAAACAGGAGUAAAUGAUUCUUCUCCCUCUGACAGGUGUGUAUCCCUCGUGUGUGUGUGCUUCUCAGUGUCUGACUGAUGAAUGAAUGAACGCUGGAGUGUUUUCAUCUCCUGAAGAUUACAGAGAUCAUGAAUGAAGCAGAAGCAGAGUCCUGCUGGAUCACGCAGGAGGUCAUCGAAGAACAGAUAGACCUGAUGGAAGAGAUCAAUGAGAUGGAAGAAGUGAUUGAAGAAGGGAAGAAACAUCAUGACAUCGAAACUGAUGAAACCUCUUUGAGUCCCUCGUGGGAACCAAGACCCGAAAUAUGUUUCAUUUGCCCUGAGUGUGGAGAGAUCUUCACAUGUGAAGAAAGUCUUAAUCUUCACAUAAAAUUUGAAAGUGGAAUGAAGCCUUACGCAUGUGAUCUCUGCGAGAAGACUUUCAGUCAAAAAGCAAACCUGGCCAAACACAUGAAAAUCCACACUGACGAGAAGCCACACGCAUGUGAUCACUGUGGGAAGAACUUCAGAAAUAAAGGAAACCUGAAUGAACACAUGAAAAUCCACACCGGAGAGAUGCCGUACAUGUGUGAUCAGUGCGGGAGGAAGUUCAGACAUAAAGGAAACCUCAAUACACACAUGAGAAUCCACGCCGGAGCGAAGUCCUGCAUUAAAACCACUGAAGAUAAACCGCACACAUGCAGUCAGUGUGGAAAGAGAUUCAGACACAAACAUCUCCUCAAUCAACACAUGAGAAUCCACACCGGAGAGAAACCGCACUCGUGUGAUCACUGCGGGCAGAGUUUUACACGGAAACAGCUACUUAAUGAUCACAUAAAGAUCCACACGGGACAAAACCUGCACACCUGUGAACAGUGCGGGAAGAGUUUCAGGAAGUCCAGUGUUUUCAAAGUACAUCUGCUCCAUCAUUCUAGAGACAGGAUCUAUAACUGUGACCAGUGCAGUAAAAGGUUUUUUAGGCCAGAUAACCUGAGGGAGCACAUGAAAACACAUUCAGAGGAGAGGCCUUACGUGUGUUAUUUGUGUGCAAAGAGCUUUAGACAUCUGAAUGGUUUAAAAAUACACCAGAAACGACACAGCGGUGUGAGGGAUCAUACUUGCUCUGAGUGCGGAAAGACUUUCUUUACACUUUAUGUACUGAAACAGCACCAGACCGUUCACACCGGAGAAAAACCUUACCAGUGUUCACACUGUGACAAGAGAUUCAGUAUUUUAGGAAACCUGAAAAGACAUGAGAGUGUCCACUCUAGAUAGAGUCAUAUCACCCCCAGUCCUGUGAAGAGUUUCACCCGAGUAUCUACUCAGUCAUACGAAGAAGACAUGUUCAGAUCUGGUGCUUCUGUGUAUGUGUGUGUGCAUGGCUUCAGGAGAGAAACCCUACAUUUGUGUUGUUUUAUUUUCUUUCUUGUAUACACAUGCAUUUAUUGUCAUUUUUGGUGUUUAUAUAUUUUGUAAUUAUAAAAAUAAUUAUGGCUUUUUUAAUAUUUUUCCUUCAACUGUAAAAUGGAAUAUAAGUUUAAGAUAUAAGAUAAUGUCUUCAUUGAAGGUUGUUAAAGGACUCGUACGAUGAUGAUAAAAAAAAAAAAACAUUGGGUCUCAUU